AUGGGCGUACAAUAUGUUUCCUGGAACUAUGACCAAAUGGGAAUCGUUGCGACAUUGCAUCUAGCAGAGGAAGUGGAAAACACAACAGCGUGGCAAAGGUUUUUACCGACUGGACCGGUUGCUUUACUUCCUUUGGAUUCUACGCGCUCGUCUCUCGUCUGGUCCAUGACGCACGCUCAAGCUAAAGACUUGUUAAACUUACCAGAAGAGAGGUUUGUUGAUGCACUAAAUGACGCAUUGUGGAAGCAAUAUCCUAGGAGCAGUGCAGUAGACGCCUGUACCUCCUGGGUCGGUUCCAUGCUAAAGAAGGUGGGUCUCCCAGACGGUGCAGAAAGACAAUUACCACCAAGUGUGAAGUCCAUAGUUCCAGGAUCAAGAGCGGCAUUUCCAUUGGGUUUUGGACAUAGCACACGGUAUAUUUCUCCUGGAGUUGCAUUGAUUGGUGACGCAGCUCAUCGAGUCCAUCCCUUGGCUGGCCAGGGUGUCAACCUGGGUUUUGGAGACAUAAAAGAUAUUACAGAUUUUCUUGAAGAGUCACUCUAUACGGGAUUAGAUAUAACACAUCCCAAUUGGAUGGAAAAAUAUGAAAGUUCCCGUCAAAGACACAAUGUGCCCACACAGUUGGCCAUCGAUGCCUUAUACCGCUUGUACGGGCUGGACCUGCCGCCAUUCGUCCUCGCGAGGAGCGUGGGUCUGCAGAUAACUAACGCUAUACAACCUAUCAAGAAAUUGAUAAUGUCGCACGCUACAACG